AUGGUAGUACAGGAGCGCCCGCUUCGCUUUGAGAGCUUAUCAAUACACGCUGGGGAGAACGUCCACAAUGUUCAAGAGGGGAGCGGUGCAUUGAACCCUCCAGUAUAUGCAUCCUCGUCUUUCACUUUCAAUAACAGCCAGCAUGGAGCCGAUAUCUUUGCGGGAAAGGCGCAGGAUUACGCCUACAGUCGGUUGGGCAAUCCUAUAUUAAGCGUCUUCGAACAACGAAUUGCAGCACUCGAGGGUGGCGCUGCAGCCCUCCCGGCUUCUUCGGGAGAAGCGGCGCGCUGGAUGGCUAUAACCGGGCUAGCAAUGGCUGGCGAGAACAUCGUUGCUGCAGCUACGGUGUCUGAGGAUGUAUACACCCAUUUCAAAUUUCGAUUGCCGGCCAUUGGGAUCACUGUGAAAUUUGUCGACAUCAAUGAUGCGGAGGCAGUAAGAAAAGCCAUUGAUGAGCAGACUCGGGCAGUAUACAUUGAGAGUAUAAGCAGCGUUGGACUUGAAGUUGCUGACAUUGAAACAAUUGCAACAGUGGCUCUUGAAGCUGGUGUUCCUCUUGUCGUGGACAACACAGCUGGCGUUGCAGGAUACCUGAUCCGUCCUAUUGACCAUGGAGCUCACAUUGUGAUCAAUUCGACAUCUGAAUGGGUUACAGGCUCCGGCACAACAAUCUCAGGAGUAAUCAUUGAUAGCGGAAAAUUUGGCUGGAAAGAACACUCCUCAAAAUUCGCCCAUCUCACCACGCCUUCUCCCGGCUAUCAUGGGUUGAACUUCGUCGAAGAGUUUGGCGAGCUUGCCUACAUAUUGUAUAUCAGAAUGGCAAUCCUGCGUGAUGCCGGGCCCUGUCUGAAUCCAUUCGCAGCAUCGCUAGCCAUAGCUGGACUUGGCAGUCUGUCACCUAGGGUAGAUCGACAUAACAGUAACGCAUUAUUGCUAGCUAGAUGGCUAGAAGCAAACGACAAAGUUGCAAAAGUGGUCUUCCCCGGUCUCGCAACACACCGCACCGUUGCUCGGAAUCGAAAAUACAUCCGUCAGAAGGCUGGAUAUGGUGCGGUGUUGCAUUUCGCAUUGAAUAAAGAUGGAUCAGAAACAGCAGCAGCUUUUGCUGGGAAUUUGAAACUGGUAAAGCGUUCGGAUGGACUAGGCACCCCACAAACUCUAGUCCAUAUACCUGACGAAGGUUUGGUCACAAGAGAACAAGUGAAAGAUGUUGAUGAUGCAAUCAUCCAUGUCUCAGUCGGUCUUGAGCAUAUAGAUGAUAUUAUUGAAGAUUUCAGACAUGCCUUAGAGCAUGUAUGA